AUGGCCCCUGACGCUGCCACCGUGGAGAAGCACGACUACCACGAGCACGACACUGUGGUCAUGAAGGAACACACGGCCUCGUCCGAGAUGGACGAGUACGUGCCCGACACGGAGGCGGAGAAGAAGCUCGUGCGCAAGAUUGACAUGUUCCUCCUGCCCAUGAUGUGGAUCAUGUAUCUGCUUUCGUACAUGGAUCGAACCAACAUCGGCAACGCCCGUAUCGCCGGCAUGGCAGAUGAUCUAAACCUCGACUCGAACCGCUACUCCGUCGUCCUGGUCGUCUUCUUUGUCGGCUACGUCGUCUUCGAGGUGCCCUCCAACAUGGUCCUCGUGCGCGUGCGCCCUUCCCACUACCUCGCCACCAUCAUGUUCCUCUGGGGCGGCGUCACCAUUGGCAUGGCCUUUACGCCCAGCUACGAGGUGCUGAUCGGCAUGCGCAUACUCAUGGGCAUCCUCGAGUCCGGCUUCGCGCCGGGCAUCCUGCUGCUGCUGUCCUCGUGGUACAAGCGCGAGGAGCAGAGCAAGCGCUUCGCCGUCUACAUCUCGGCCGCCAUCCUGUCGGGCGCCUUUGGCGGUCUGCUGGCCGGGUCCAUCACCAGCGGUCUGGACGGCGCGCACGGCAAGGCCGGCUGGCGGUGGCUGUUUGUCGUCGAGGGCGCGGCGACCAUGGGCGUCGCGCUGAUCGCGGCCUUUAUCCUGCCUGACUUUCCCGCGACGACGGCGCGCUGGAAGUUUAGCGACGAGGAGAAGCAGCUUGCCAUCAAGCGUCUGCAGUACGACAACGCGCGCGUGAAUGGGGAUGGCGAGAGUCGAAUGGGCCACUGGCAAGCGCUCAGAAUCAGCUUGACUAGCUGGCGUACGUGGCUGUUUGUCGUCGGCUACAUGGCUGUCGUCGGAUCGUCCACACUCUCCUACUUCUAUCCGACUCUGGUCCGUGGCCUUGGCUACGAGGCGACUGCCGCGCAGUACAUGACGAUCCCCAUCUUUGGCGUCGCCUUUGUGUUCACGGCGAUCACGGGUGUCCUGGCCGACAGGAACACCAAGUAUCGUGGCCUCAUGCUGACGGGCUGGAUGACGGUGGCCAUGCUGUGCUCCAUUGUCAUCUGUGCCGUGUACAACUUCAAGGCGCGGUACGCGCUGCUGGUGAUCAUGGCGUCGGGUCUGUGGGCGUCCAACGGCCUGUCCCUGUCCUACGCGUCCGUCUCGUUUGGCGACAUGGAGCGUGAGGUCAAGGCCAUCUCGCUGGCCCUCGUCAACGCCAUGGGCAAUCUGGCCCAGAUCUACGGCGCGUACCUGUUCCCCAACGACGACGAGCCCAAGUACCUCAUGGGGUUUGGUGUCAUCAGCGGGCUUUGCUUGACGGGUGUCGUGUCGUAUUUCUCGCUCUGGUAUACCUUUCGGCGCAUGGGCAAGGCUGCAGGCAGUCCAUGA